AUGAGAAUAAUAAACAUAACUAUCAAUUCUUUGGAUUUUAUUUCGGUAUUUGUGGUGCAUUCCUUUGGAGUACAACUUGGAAUGCUUCGGUCAUUGUUGAGUUCUGGUCGGCAAAUCGGUGAUACCAUCUUGCAAGGCGCUGUGAUAAAACGUAGUUUCGCCUCAGUCAGCACCAAGGUAGUCCCUACAAAGGUAGACAAGAGUGCCAUAGAAGAGGACGCAGAGAAGCUUGCUACUCAUGUCUGCAUCAAUUAUUUUAUCCAAGGUGAAGAACCAGGCCCAAAAAUACUUCCGGACUCUGAGUACCCAGCUUGGUUAUUCGAACUCGAUUUGCGGGCGCCUCGUCCACUUGAAGAUCUCGAUCCCGAGAAGGAUGGAUGGUUAUACUGGCGAGCGCUACGUAUAAGACAGAUUGAGCAAAAUCGACGCAUAGAGAAGUUGAAAACCAGAUUCUUACAUUUGCAAAGUAGUCCAAGCAUGAAGAAAUACAGCAAAUUUUAG